GCUCUCGCCCUGGCUCUCCAGUGCUAGGAGACAGUUGCCGGCGUCGGGUUGUGCGGGACGCUAACUGUACCCUCCGGGUUUAACGCUGUGAGCCCGCGCGCGGAGGAGCUGGGAUAAGCACCCUGGAGCCCCCAAACAGAGCGCGGCCGCUGGGGGACAGCGCGCGGCGCCGGGUCGGGGCGGAGCCGGCUUUUCUGUCGGAGGACGCGAACCGGCACGCUGCGCCUUUAAGGAGUCCAGCCGGGCUGGGCGCCGGAGCUGGGAGCGGCGCGGGUAGGAGCGCGGCGGCAGGUCUGAGCCCGGGGCUAGGGACCGAGGGCCGGGGUCCAGGCACGGCGGCGGGACCCAGGCGGUUGAGGCCGGUCAGAAUCUCAUUCUCAGCUUCUGCCAGAGCCAGUAGCAGUUGGGAAAGAAGGCUGUGCUCUUUGAAGAGAGUCAGCCAGCCUGAAAGAGCAGGAUGGAUCUUGAUGUGGUUAACAUGUUUGUGAUUGCGGGCGGGACGCUGGCCAUCCCAAUCCUGGCAUUCGUGGCUUCAUUUCUUCUGUGGCCUUCAGCACUGAUAAGAAUCUAUUAUUGGUACUGGCGGAGGACAUUGGGCAUGCAAGUCCGCUAUGUUCACCAUGAAGACUAUCAGUUCUGUUAUUCCUUCCGGGGCAGGCCUGGGCACAAACCCUCCAUCCUCAUGCUCCACGGAUUCUCUGCCCACAAGGAUAUGUGGCUCAGUGUGGUCAAGUUCCUUCCAAAGAACCUGCACUUGGUCUGCGUGGACAUGCCAGGACAUGAGGGCACCACCCGCUCCUCCCUGGAUGACCUGUCCAUAGAUGGGCAAGUUAAGAGGAUACACCAGUUUGUAGAAUGCCUGAAGCUGAACAAAAAACCUUUCCACCUGGUAGGCACCUCCAUGGGUGGCCAGGUGGCUGGGGUGUAUGCUGCUUACUACCCAUCGGAUGUCUCCAGCCUGUGUCUUGUGUGUCCUGCUGGCCUGCAGUACUCAACUGACAAUCAAUUCGUACAACGGCUCAAAGAACUGCAGGACUCUUCCGCCGUGGAGAAGAUUCCCUUGAUCCCGUCUACCCCAGAAGAGAUGAGUGAAAUGCUUCAGCUCUGCUCCUAUGUCCGCUUCAAGGUGCCCCAGCAGAUCCUGCAAGGCCUUGUCGAUGUCCGCAUCCCUCAUAACAACUUCUACCGAAAGCUGUUUUUGGAAAUCGUCAGUGAGAAGUCCAGAUACUCUCUCCAUCAGAACAUGGACAAGAUCAAGGCUCCAACGCAGAUCAUCUGGGGGAAACAAGACCAGCGCCAAGGGACUGAAAGAAGCUUUGUUUGUGCCCUGGGCUAUGCCAGCAAAGAGUCAUUUGAUCAGGAAUCAGAGCCAGAGCAGCGAAGGCCUUCUGUUGUUCUAAAAACCCCAAAGGUGAUUUGGGGCUCUCAGGAGUCAACAGGAGAGGCUGUAACCCAUCUUCCUGUGGAGACAGCGCAGAAGCAAGGGCACUGGCCUUGGAUUCUGAAAGUCUAUGUUCCAGCCCUACUUUUGUCCUUGGCUAGAAUGCAGUGGCGCAAUCAUAGCUCACUGCAGCCUCAACCUCCUGAGCUCAAGCAAUGCUCCCACUUCAGCCUCCCAGGCAGCUGGGACUACAGGUGCUAGAUGUGUCUGGGGCAGACAUGUUGGCCAAGUCAAUUGCCAACUGCCAGGUGGAGCUUCUGGAAAACUGUGGGCACUCGGUAGUGAUGGAGAGACCCAGGAAGACAGCCAAGCUCAUAAUCGACUUUUUAGCUUCUGUGCACAACAUAGACAACAACAAGAAGCUGGACUGAGGCCCCGACUGCAGCCUGCAUUCUGCACACAGCAUCUGCUCCCAUCCCCCAAGUCUGACGCGGCCACCACUCUCAGGGAUCCUGCCCCAAAUGCGGUCGGAGCGCCAGUGACCCUGAGGAAGCCAGUCCCUUACCCCUGGUAUCCACGGUUCCCCAGAGCUUUGGGGACCACGCGAAAACCUCCAAGAUAUUUUUCACAAAAUAGAAACUCAUAUGGAACAAAAUAAGAAACCCCAGUCAUGAAAUCUACCAUGAAGUCUUCAAGUUCAUGUCACUGACAAGCUUGUGCAAAGCAGCCACCUUGGACCAUAAUUAAAUCAAGGACAUAUUCUUUGAGACAUUCCUUAUAGUUGGAGACUCAAGAUAUUUUUGUUGCUUCAGGUGUAUUCCCUUGCAUGGGCAGUGGCUUUUAUAGGAGCAUUAGUCCUCAUUCGCCAAACCCUGUUGUUUAGGUCUAAUUUAAGUUUUACAUAGAGACCAAUGUAUGACUGCAGCCCAUUGGCUGCAAGACCAGGGAGGAAAGUGGCAAGCCGUAGAAAAUGUUUACACGCAUGGAGGGGCAUUUCUCCAGCCCUCAGAGCGGCCGGAGCAGCAGGGUACAUGGGUGGGAGGUUCAUUUAGCACCCACCGGUCAGGUAUGUUCUGAGUGAACCCACAGCAGUCGCAGAAUGAGCACCUGGCAGGGUGGGUUUCCUAGGAAUAAUUUAUUAUUUUAAAAAAUAGGCCUAAUAAAGCAAUAAUGUUCUAGACAUCUGUCUAAGUAAUCAGACUCAGGUUCCACACACAAGCAACAACUCGUGGGCCUCUUUUCUAUUUCAGUGUGCUACUAAGAACCCUUGGAUGUAACAUACUAGUUUGUUAAUGAAUUCUGUGAAUUCUGUGAAGAGUAAUGUGAUUGAAAAUAAGUCUAAACAGCUGUAAAAGUGACCACAAUGACACGAAAUAAAUUUAAUAAGUCUAGAUCAGCAA